AUGGCUACCCUCUCGAUACCCCUUGCUUCCCUGCCUACACCGGAACAUUCCGACGUCGAGGACGCUCUGAGCUCGGAUAUACGCGAGCUCGACUUCAAGAAGUCCCUCGCAGGCCUGCGGAUCGCAGAAGACACCCACAUCAGCGACGCUUUUUGCUAUGAAAGGCAACUCGGCGACAACGAGCUUUCGUACUACCUUCCAUCUCGGGCCACCGGGGUGAAUGACAUGUACCUCCACAUAGGCUUUAAGGCUCCGGAACGCCUUUGUCGCAAGGCUCGUGUUCGCGCCGUGUGGGCUAUCAUGCGUGCGCGCCACCCCCUCCUGGCUUCGAAGGUGAACAUGCAUGAUUACGAUGAUGUCAGGUUCUGCUUCACACCGCCCACAUCACCCGAGAAUGCUCUUGUCGAGGCCGAGCGUGAGCUCGAUUACCGCGUGCAGUCGAAAGAUGUCACGCCCUCUCUAUCCUCCGAGUUUACGGCGGAGUCUGUGCAGCCGCGAUGGACGGAACGGGCUGUCGAUUUUGAGUUUAUGCUUUGCGCGGCUCAUUUCAUUGGGGACGGCAUGGCGCUCCAUGCGACCGCGAACGAUUUCUUUGGGCUGUUGGGGAGCGAGAAGUCGAAUGAGGAGCUGGAAGCGCUCGCGGCGGGAGAGUGGAAGAAGAGGUGGGAACAGCGUGUGGAGGGUCCCGCCCUACCGCGUAAUUCUGAGAAAUGCUUCCCCGAGCAGGGUAGGCUGCGACGUGCGGUUGGACAGGUCGGUUUCCAGCAGAACCAGGGGAAGCAGAUUGGUGGUCAAUCCUUCCCUCGCCAAUCCGGACAGACGCGGCAUACGGUCGUGCCUACCGUUCCUUUCGAUGAGGAGAUCACGAAGAAGAUGCUGAAGAAGUGCAAGGCGAACGGGGUAUCCAUCGCUAGUGCGCUCUUUGCGAUCUGUAAUAUCGCUUGGGCGCGGAUGAGCCCCCGCGAGAAGCAGGAGCUGCCGAUGAUGAUGUACGCCGCGCUCAAUGUCCGCCCGUAUUUCGACCCCAAGUCCUUGAACGACUCGUUCUGGUUCUUGGCUGUCGGCUACUUCAAUGUCAUCCUCCCCAACUUCAUACCCUCCUCCUGCGACGCGACGAAGACGUUCUGGCUUCGCGCGCGGGCGGCGAAGGAACAGAGUUCGCGAGCUGCGAAGAGUCCUAUGGUCGUGUCGCACAAUACGGAGAUCUCGUCGAAUCGUGGGAAGCAAGCGAGGGUAUGGGCGAAGGAGGACGACGAGAAGGAGAAGGGGACGUGGGUCGCUCCGGCUCCGAAGCCCAUGGAUUCGAAUGCUGCUCCUGUUGCACCCCGCGCUCCGUCUGCGGCGUUGAUUGGGCUGUCGCUGCUGGGCAACCUUGACGGGAUAUACAAGCAUGCGACGUUCCCGGACUUUAAGCUGCAUACCCUCACUACGGGCUCGAGGCAGAGAAAUGGGGGCAUGUUGAUGUUUGGGUAUACGUUCGCGGGGAAGUUGUUUGUUAGUCUUGGAUAUGACCAGAACGGGUUCGAGAGGGAGACGGUGGAUACGUUUUGGAGUGGGGUGUUGAGUGGGAUUACGGAGUUCUUGAUUUGA